AGACCGAGUCCCUUCAUCGAUAACAUACCAGCCGUGCGGGCCACUUCUCGCCCUCCCUCCCGGUCACACCCAAGAACUGUCUGGCCAUGGCGGGCCCCGAUCAAGAACCAGCCGACCUCAUUACACAACUCAACAACCUCACUGCCAAGCUCUCUGCAGGCAACGAUGAGACGGCACGAAGGGAAGCCCUCCGGUUGAGCAGACAGCUCACAACAUGUCUCGAAGAUCCAGUGAACAUAGCCGUGGAUCUGGCAUUUUCUCCUUUCCUUCCGACGGCUGCGAGAAUCGCCAUCGAGUUGCACCUGUUCGAGUACAUUGCAACCGCAGAGGUUCCACUCAGCUCGGGCGACCUUGCCUUUCUCUCGGAAGCGGAAGAGCUCUUAAUUAUCCGCAUCCUGAGACCUCUAGCGGCCAUCGGCUUUGUCAAGGAGGAUGGCGAGCAGAGGUGGGUGGCCACGGCCCUCACAAAAGCGAUGGCGACGGAGGAGAUUGCGGCGGGCCAUCGGAUGGUCGGUGAGAUGAUUGUGGGUGCAGCUAUCAAAGCUCCCAAGUACCUCCGCGAAGCCGGCUAUCACUGCCCAACGGACCCGCAGAACGGCUUUAUGCAGUACGCCUUCCAGACCAAGCUCAACACCUUUCAGCUGUUCAGCUCGAUGCCCCGGGUCUUCCAGGAUUUCAACACCUUCAUGGGCAACACGAUGGGCGCUCGGAGCUACUGGGUCGAUUGGUUCCCUGUCCGGGACCACCUUCUCAAUGGAUUUGUCAAGGACGAGGAUUCUGCCCUGGUUGUGGACGUGGGGGCUGGAAAGGGCCAUGACCUGGCGGCGUUCCACUCGGCGUAUCCCAAUCAGGGGCGGCUGGUGCUGCAAGAGCUACGUUCCAUGAUCGAGAACGGCGCCGUUGCGGGCCUCGAUCCCGCGAUUGAGCUUAUGAGCUAUGACUUCUUUACCGAGCAGCCCGUGAAAGGUGCGCGGGCUUACUUCUUCCACCACAUCCUGCACGACUGGCCGGACCACAUCUGCCUCCAGAUCCUGGCGCAGGUCAAGGCAGCAAUGAAACCGGGGUAUUCGAAGCUGCUGAUACACGAGAUGCUUAUCCCGGAGCAGGGCGCUUCCACGUUCCACGCCAUGCUGGACAUGACAAUGAUGUGUUUCAACGCGGGCAUGGAGCGUACCGAGAAGCAGUGGCGGGCAUUGCUCGAAAAGGCGGGCCUGAAAGUGGUCAAGUUCUGGCUCCCCACGCAAACGGAUGCCGAUGGCAUCGUGGAAGCUAUCCUGGAGGAGGAGACUGAAGCUAUCCUGGAGGAGAAGACUGAAGCUAUCCUAGAGGAGAAGACUGAAGCUAUGCUAGAGGAGAGGACUGAUCGGUCGUUCAGACCUAUCUAGCUACCUACCUACGUACCUUACAUCGUACGUAAGUAGGUAUGGAUAAUAGAACUCAUUUCAGCAUCGUGUCAAGUAGCACCCUGCUUAGGUAUAGAUCUUCUGAAUCUCAUCCUCAUAUUCAUCACGAGGACAAACUCGACAGCAGCUUCUUAGUAGGUAUCUGUAAGUUGGCGUUUGUGCCAGA